AUGCUGAGGCAUGGCGCAGUCCGUCAUGGCCUCCAACGCUGUGCGACCGCACCUGUCUCACGGCCCUUCCUCCCCUCGUUAUCCACAAGAGGAUAUGCUUCGAUAACAGACGUGGAGGCUUAUCCAAAUCCGGGAGAGAGCAUUCACGGGUUCACGUUAAAGCAGAUCAAGCAUGUCCCAGAAUUGCAUCUGACAGCUUUGAGGUUGGAGCACAACAAGACCGGGGCGGAAUACUUGCAUGUGGCACGAGAUGACAAGAACAAUGUGUUUUCUAUCAAUUUCAAGACCAAUCCGACGGAUAGGACGGGCUUGCCUCAUAUUCUGGAGCAUGUUACACUAUGUGGAAGCGAAAAGUACCCUGUUCGAGAUCCAUUCUUCAAGAUGAUGCCGAGAUCAUUAGCCAAUUUCAUGAACGCAUUUACCUCUUCUGAUUACACCUCUUAUCCAUUCGCGACCACGAAUCUGCAAGACUUUCGCAACCUCGCCUCGGUGUAUCUCGAUGCGACGCUUCAUCCCCUGCUGAAACGGUCCGAUUUUUUGCAAGAGGGAUGGCGCCUAGGGCCUGAAGACCCCCGAGAGGCUCCAACUGAACAUAACGUCAAGUUCAAAGGUGUCGUAUACAAUGAGAUGAAGGGUCAGAUGUCGGACGCGAGCUAUUUGUUCUAUAUCAGAUUCCGAGAACAUCUCAUUCCUUCUUUACAUAACUCCGGUGGAGAUCCAGAGGCAAUGACUGAGCUGACACAUGAGCAACUGGUCAAGUUUUCGCGCGAACACUACCAUCCGAGUAACGCGAAGAUCUUCUCUUACGGUAGUCUAAGCCUCGCCGAACACCUUCAGCACGUGGACGAGGCAAUCUCGAAAUUUGACAGGGGUGUUCCUGAUGUCGAUAUCAAAUUGCCGAUUGAUUUGUCCACUGGCCCUCUGGCCUUUGAAGUGACAGGCCCGGUCGACACAAUGCAACCCUCAGAUCGACAAUUCAAGUCGUCGAUCACAUGGAUGGGAUGCCCCUCAUCAGAUGUUGUGGAAACUUUCUGCGUCAGUAUUAUGCUAUCUUUACUGAUGAACGGCUAUGGCUCGCCGCUGUAUCAAGGACUGAUUGAAUCUGGAUUGGGGUCCAAUUUCAGUCCCAAUUCGGGGUACGACAGCUCAGGUCGGAUUGGAACUUUGUCGAUCGGCUUGGAUGGCAUGAGGUCAGAAGAUGUGCCUGAGCUGAAACAAAAAAUCCAAACAAUCUUAAAAGAGAAGGCUUAUGAGGCCUUCCUCCCCCAGAAGAUCGACGGAUAUAUGCACCAACUAGAGCUCACACUGAAACACAAAACGGCGAACUUCGGUAUGAGCUUACUAGAGAAGACACUCGCCGGGUGGCUUAACGGAGUCGACCCCAUGGACGGGCUUGCCUGGAAUGACAUAAUUGAUGCCUUCAAGCAACGUUUGAAAGAAGAAAAGUACCUCGAGAGGCUGGUUUACAAGUAUUUCAUCAACGACAAGUGCAUGCAGUUCACUAUGACGCCUUCAGAUUCGUACGGACAAUUGCUGGAAGAACAAGAAGAACAACGGAGAAAGAGCAAGCUAGAAACUCUCGAGAAGAACGCCAGUUCUCCCGAAGCGGCUCUUGCUGAACUUGGUCGGCAAGAAGUCGAACUACUAGAAGAGCAAGAGACUGCUCAAUUCCAGAAUCUGGACACACUUCCAACCCUUCGUGUCGAUGACAUUGUGCGGGAGAAAGAAAGGAAACCCCGAUAUCAUUCGAAGAUCGGUGACGUGGAUUGCUUGUGGCGGGAGACUUCGACCAACGGAAUCACCUAUUUCCAGGCGAAGCACCUACUCCGAGACCUCCCAGAAGAUCUGAGGCUUUUAUUGCCACUAUUUACGGAUUCUCUUAUGCGUCUAGGCACUAACACAAAGUCGGUUGGGGAUCUCGAAGCGGAGAUUCUCUUGAAGACUGGCGGCAUCUCUAUCUCGCCAUUUGCAGCGCCUGAACCGUGGAGCUUGGACAAGUACAACGAAGGCCUUCUCAUUGACGGCUAUGCCCUUGACAGAAAUGUGCCUGCAAUGUUCGAGCUCAUCCGAUCGCUCUUGUUGGAGAUCGACUUUUCGAGUCCCAAAGCUGCCGCAGCUAUUCAGGAGCUCCUUGAAUCCAAAACAUCGGGUGCAUUGGACUCUGUCGCAGAGAGCGGUCACCAUUUUGCCAUCACCAGUGCAUCCGCUGCUCUGACCCGUCGAGGUCAGGUACAGGAUCAGCUCUCCGGUCUUUCGCAAAUAGAAUCUACGGCCAGAAUAUUGGAUUCUGCCCGCCGCAAUCCCCAGAGUCUCCAGGAUGUCAUUCGCAAGCUGCAGACAAUCCAGUCGAUAGCAAUCAGCAACUCUUCCAGUUUGUUGCUUCGCGUGGUAUGCGAACCUGAUUCGGUCCGAUCCAACCAAAACUUGAUCGAAGGGUUUCUUCGAAGCCUGCCACGUGAACAGUUGGGUGUUGCAAGCUCCACUGCUUCCGACACUGUCCCCGGGUCCUUUCUCUCCCGCCGAGCAUUUUUCGACUUGCCAUUCCAGGUGUCUUAUACUGGAACAUGUCUACAGACAGCACCGUUCUCGUCACCGGACAAAGCGCCACUCAGGGUUCUGGGACAGCUGCUCGUCCACAACUUUUUGCAUCCCGAAGUCAGGGAAAAGGGCGGCGCGUACGGCGCGUCGGCUAGUGCAAGCCCCAUCAGCAGUCUCUUCACCAUGUCCUCGUACCGUGAUCCCAACCCCCGGAACUCUCUGAAUGUCUUUCAACGCGCCGGCGCGUAUGCUCGCGAUAAAGACUGGGAUCGCAGAGAACUCGAGGAGAGCAAACUGAGUAUCUUCCAGGGUAUUGAUGCCCCCAGCAGCGUGAACACGGAAGCGAGCAAAGAGUUCAUGUACGGCAUCACGGAAGAAAUGGACCAGGAAAUGCGCGAGCGUUUGUUGGAUGUCACCAAGGAGCAAGUCCAACAGGUCGCUCAGAAAUACCUGGUGGAGCUUCCUGCCGAGCUGAAAUCUGUGUGUAUACUAGGAGAAAAAAAGGACUGGGUCGGACAAGAUCCAGAGCCGUGGCAGUUGAAACACUUGAAGAUGUCUGCAUGA